AUGUCGACCGGGACAAAAAACAGCUUCUUCGCCACCACAGUCUGCGUUGCCUUGUUUUGCUUUGUAAGAGCCCUUACCUCUUUGGGUACUGUCCAGAAUCUCCAAGUCUUCGAUACCGAACUCAAAGACAUAGCAGAAAGCGUUCAUUCACUUUCGGUCCACGGGACCGGUGCUGACAGCAACAACUCAUUGCCAAAGGCAAAACCUGAUGAUGUCUACGUAUUAGAAUCAAAGACCAAGGCUGCAGUCCGUGAAAGUAGCCUCAGGGAAAGCACUCUGGUCACCAAUGCCGGUAUCGAAUUUCGGAAACCAAUAUGGAGUAACGCUUCCAGCUUUGACAAUGGCGCACCGAGCAUUCUUGUCCAACUCAACGGAGAAUUGGCAAACUAUCUCGGAUUUAUUGCCAAGGCUUUUGGACUGGUGUGGUGGCUGGAGCGGGAGUAUGGUGUGAAUCCUACAAUUGUGCUGAGACAUCAACAGCAUCCCAAAUGGGUUGGUGCUCACGCGGAUGUUACUCGAUGUUUUCCGUACUUGAGAGACUUUAAUUUUGGGGCCGGAAAUACUCGGGAUAUAAGCAAAGAACUGAGUGUUCUGAGUCAAUCUCAUCAACAAAGCAAUGGUACGGCUGAAAGAGUUGUUGAUAUCAGGAGCGAAGUGCCAUACGACAAAACAAUCCAGUCCUUUUUGAGUCUCUACGCGAAGAGCCACAUCCACAUUGGGGGAGAAAAGAGCCGUAUCAACAUACCUUUUCUGACCACUAAGCAAAUGAGUUGCAGAGACCUCAUAGUGGACAAGUACUAUGACGAUAUUCGAAGAAUAUACCGAUUUGACAAAAGCUGCUGCGUUGAUGUACCCGACCCGGAUGAAUCUGUCUUUGAAAGGUCUGGACUACGAAAGCAACCUGGAUAUGAAGAGCUUGCUCCGGAGCAAGUGGCGAACGAGCUGUUUGCGCAUCUGAAUCCGGGCGACAAAGUAGCAAUAAUCUCUCGCUACCCCAAUGACUUCCGAACCCAAAUGAUUGUGGGCGCAUUUGAGAAGCGGAAGAUUCGGGCUCGAGUUGUAGAGCCACGGUCCGGGGUGGCAGACUUUUGCUUUUUGAUGCAUACGCAAAAGGAGAUGGUUGGCACGGCUUGGUCUACUUAUUUUCUUUGGGCUGGCCUGCUCGGAAAUGCUACAAGCGUACGACCGUAUACAGCCAUUGUACCUGGUCGGAACAGCAAAAUCGACUCUCACAAUUUUACGCAUCCAGACCUCAAAUCCCGUUUUCGUUUUGAGCACUAUAUCAGCAACUUUACUGCUGGGGAUCUACGUAAACCAAAAGGUGAACAAUAG